UGCUAAAAAGAAGAAAAAAAAACACUUUUUUUCUCUCUCUCUUGCUGAAGUUGGAAGCUUUCUUUAAGUUUAAGGUUUGGUAGAGAAUUUGAGGAACUGGGUUUUGAUUUAAUUUGAUUUUUAUUUAAAUUUAAGCUUUAUUUUGAUUAAUUAAAAGCUUAGAGAAGUGAAGAAAUGGAGAGAGAUUUUUUGGGUUUGAAUUUAAAAGAACCGUUGGCUGUUGUUAAGGAAGAGGUCAACUCUGAUGGGUUUAAAGAUAUAGGAUUUAGUAAAGGUACAGGGAUGCACUGGCCUUUUUCGAAUAAGGUCUCCGCUCUUCGUCAUUUGAUGUCGUUCAAGGUUGCUCAAGACGAUAAGACGACGAAGAGGAUUGUAUCUGAUUCUCCGGUGUCUCCUGGAUUUUUGUCGAUCUCAACUUCGGAUGCUUUUGACUCUAGCCAUAAUAAGCAGUUGCCUGAACUUCAGGCGUAUCCGGUCUCUAAUUAUCCAAAUUCGAUAACCAUGAGCCACCCGUUCUUCAAGAAUCAUUGUGCAACCACUGCCAAUCCACAAUUAACCGGAGGAUUUCCUGUCGCGGCUCCACAAACGAUUCUUCCGUCAGUCAGUCUUGGUUCUGCUAACAGGAUAAUGGAUCCGAGUGUGAAAGCCUCGAGACCUCCGGCUCAAUUGACCAUCUUUUACGGUGGGACAGUCAAUGUAUUUGACGAUAUAUCACCUGAGAAGGCUCAAGCUAUCAUGUUCUUGGCCGGAAACAGCUCGCCCAUGUCUAGUAACAUGGCACAGCCGAAAAAUCAACUUCAGGCGCCAAGCUCAAAGCCGGUAGCAACUGACAUUAGCCCUGUUAACCAACAAUUAACGACACCACCUUGCUCCCGUCUCUCGAGCCCUUUAUCUGUUUCUUCACAUACCGGUGUUCAGUCAAGAAGUGGUUCUACUAGUACUGAAGAAACCGUGACAGUUAAAUCUACUCCCGCUGCAACCACUCCUGUUAGCAAACGGGAUACUCCGAAUCUUACAAGCUCGAUGAAUUCUGUCGCUACAGCAACCAUGUUGCCGUCCGUACCCCAGGCUCGAAAGGCAUCCUUGGCUCGGUUCUUGGAGAAGCGCAAAGAGAGGGGGAUGAGUGUGGCACCUUAUAACCUUGGAAAGAUUUAAAUUUUCGGAAUGGUUCAUUGAAGACCCGGUGGAUCGAGUACUCUUGACCGGAGACUGAUUAUCUCUCGGCAAAGCAAGGAGAGCAACCGAAACCAUAAAUUUAUGUGGUAAACUAAAGAUGUAAGCAAAUAUGUUUUAAAUUUUUCCACUUAAAAUAAUUGUUUUCAUUUCAUAAAACUUAAUGUGUAUUUAUAUAUAUAGAUGAUAAAUAUAGAGCUGGUGUAGGAUUUUCUCCGAUUCUUAUUCCUAAUUUCCAAUCAACUUUUCCGUUGAUGCUUUCGGAUCCUUUGCGUCCGAGAUGACAUUAACUGCAGUUUGUAGCUAUAUAAAUUUGUGUUACAUUAUGAAUAUAAUUGUAAGAUUAAAGAUUAUGUUUA